AACACAAAUAGAGUUUAACCCGAGUGCUGGACUUUGUGCUGAAACUGAGAGAGAGAGGAGAGGAGAAUGGCUCUGAGCACUGAGCAAGCUCUGGCACUGCUACUGAUCUUAAACAGCGCUCACCUCACAGCAGCAGAUUGCUCUGCACCAGACCGUGUUGUUGUCUCUGGCUCAGCUGGGGGGAGAGCAGUGCUGCCCUGUUCUUACACCCCCACCCCUGGGCAGGAUGUAGCAGUCGCAUGGUAUGCAUAUCCACAUCAAGGAGUUGUUCUAUUAAUCUACUCAAAGACCCCCUCAGCACCCAUCCCUGCGCAGUGGAGCGGCCGAGUGAAGCUGUCUGAUGAAGUCUCCUCUGGAAACGCCUCUCUGCUAAUCUCUGAGCUCAGACUGGAGGACACUCUGGAUUACACGUGUAUAGUGGUGAUCAAUGGGAUAUGUGUCACUAACAGGGCUGUUACACUGACAGUUCAAGGACCUCCAAAGAGAGAUUCAACUACUUCAAGAACAACAACGACCAGAACCCCGACAACGAGACCAUCAGCAGCUCCCGCUAUCCUCUCUGCAGUAGCCGUCUCUGCUGUCUUCGGCAUCAUAGGUGCUGCAGUCUUUGUCAUUUUAAAGUACAAAAGGAGAGCAGCGAAUGCUAAUGGGAAUAACCAGAAUGCUGGAGAUCACAAUGAGAGCUCAGACUUGCUUACCUACGCUGUAAUUGAUCACACGAGACAGCCGGGAGGAGCCCCAGUCCGGUCAGGGGUCAGUGCUGUGGACAAUACGGAGUACUCCACUGUCCGGAUCCACUGAUAGGACACGUCUCACCCAGCCACCAGGGAUACAAGAGAGCUUCAACAACAAGAUGAACCAAGGACUUGACUAACAUUGAUUUACUGCAGCGCUUCAAUGAAUCAUACCAACUCUGAUGAGAACAAUAAACACAGCGAGCCACUAACAAGCAACCACCUGACAUUCUUAAUUCGAUCUGAACCAUUUCACUGCCACUGCUAAUAGUCCACACCAGUCCCAAGCUGAGCUCCUGCAGGUGGUGUGAUCCCAGCCUCAAAGAAGAGAAGCCAGUCCUCCUCAUUGCAGUGUUCAUCCACAUUGUUAACGAGAGCCUUUACAGCAGGAGAUCGCUCACCAGCACAGAGAUGCAUCAUGAAAGAGGCCCCAGGGGCUCUGCUUCAUGACUGCAAGCCCUUGAAUGCAUGCGCGUGUAGCAGGGAGGGAGUAGGGGGGGGUUAGGUAAGCAGUUGAAUUCAGGUCCCGUGCCUCACAUCCUUUUGCACCUGCUCUGAGACAGGCUGCUGUGUGUAAAACUUGACCGCUCUGCUAGAUUGGGGAGUAAAGCAAUACUUCCACAUUCAAACUCAUUUGAUUAGAUUGUAUAGGCCUGUGUUCAUCUAUUUCACUUUGAACAAACACUUGUGCUUGCUAAGGUUUGCUAGCUGUCUUCUCUCAUCCUUGUGGCAGCUGUGAUGUACCUUUAAUGCUUAUCUCCUCAGACCAUGUGGAAUAUUAAUAAACAUCGCCAUCGCUGCUUUGAA